UGGAACAGAAUGAUACGUUCCAUGACUUUAUGGAUUCACAUGAAAAAGAAAAUAAUUCGGAUUUACAAAGGAAUUAUCAAAAAGAAGAUAUUUCGAGUUAUGGUGAUAUCUGGGAUGUGUUCGAUUUUUUUAGCAAGAUUAGAAUUGCCUUUUUUCGAGCGAUGAUUGAUUGCCUGAACGGACCAUCGACCAAUGGAACGGAUGACGAGCUUAUUUUUCAAGAAUCUUCGCAUUUACGAACGAGUUACAUUGACUUGGUCGAUGGAACAAUAAAAAAUCUGAAAAUAAUUUCAGAUGACAAAGGCUACAUGCUGGUACUCGUAAUCCCGGAAAACGAGCUUGCUUCUGUGAUAGAUCUCUUACGUCACGAGAUUUCUCCAUCCGACACGCUCGUAAUCGUGACAGAAUUAUGUUCGGAGGAUAUCAAGCGUGUGUCUUUCUUUGCUGAUGGACCAAAAGCUUCGAUUCUUUACCGUAUACGUAUGAUCGAAGAUCUACCAGAUAUUAUCAAAAGCGUUAUAACUUAUUCCUGUCAGGAUCAAGAUUGUAGUAAUCCAGAUAAACAUUUUUAUGAUAUAUCAAUUAGAAAUGUUCGAGAUACGAAUGAUUCACAAAUCUUAGAAAAUGUUAACAAAACCUCUGAAACAAAAUUGGAUAAAAACAGAUUUUUAAACGAAACUUUGGUAGAAAGAAUCAUUGUGUCAAGUGGAUCGAAUAUCAUAUUGAACAAAAUAAACAUGUUUCUUGGUACAUUGACGUCCUUGAUCGUUUUGAUGACUCUUAAUGUAUCAUAAAACUGAUCCUUUUCUCAUUUCUAAUGUUUCUGACUCUGCCGAAUAGAGAUCGAAAA